AUGUAUAAAAAAUACCCCGACCGAGAUGAGGGCUACUUAACAAGCGUUACAAAACUCUUGGAGCAUCGAAAGGAGAAGCAAGAAGUUGACAAUGCCUUGAUGGCACAAAAAGAGGAACUUAAAAUGAAAGUAGAUGGUUUACAACAGAGAUGGGAUGAGCUUGAGCAAAAAGAAUUUCAAUUAAAACAAUCACUUUUAAAAUUUGAUAGAUUUCUCAAGGAUAACGAUACAAAAAGAUCUCGAGCUUUCAAAAAAAUGUUGGUAGAAAAAGAUCUACAAAUUAAAAAACAGGGAGAAAUCUCAAAGUUAGUACUUAUUAAUCUAAAGCAUAAAAGGCUUUUGGAUGACAUAGCUUCCACAAAUUUUAUUAAGUCAAAACUUGAGACCAAACAAAAGAAAUAUUCUAUAUACCACAAAUUCCUUGAAUCAGCGGUUGAAAUUUCAGAAUAUUUUUCCGAAAUACGUGAAUUAAUAGAUCGUUAUGAAACGCUUCAUGCGGCAUAUAUUAAUCUCAGCGAGAGAAAUAAACUAACAGAGGAAAAUUUAGAACACAUCAAAAUUAAUCUUCAUCACUUCAAAUCAAAAAGACAGGAUGAAACGUUCACUUUUACAAAUAAUUUAGCAUUAUUUCAAGUUAAAUAUAAUAAUUCACAAUCUUCAAGACGGCACAAAGAACAAGAAUGGUGCACUCUCCGAGAUGAUAUAGCUAAAAAAGCCCUGGAUCUAGGCACAUUGAGACUACAUUUAAAACCUGUUACUGCACUUGCUUUUCUCAAUAUAUAA